GCGGGGCGGCGGCCGGGGGCGCCCGCUCCUCCCACUGCGGGCGGCCGGUCUGGCGGCGCUGAGCCCCCUGCGCGCGGCACAUGGGGCGCCUGACGGAGGCGGCGGCAGCGGGCGGCGGAGCUUCAGCGGCACGCUCGGCCGGGCCCCCUCCCGCUCCCCUGUCCCUCUCGUCCACGUCCCCCGGCUGCGCGGCCGCCAUGGCGUCCAGCGAGGAGGACGGCACCAACGGGGGCGCCUCGGAGGCGAGCGAGGAGAGGGAGGCAGUGGGCAAGCGGAGGCGCCUGGGCUUGUUGGCCACUAUCUGGCUCACCUUCUACAACAUCGCCAUGACCGCGGGGUGGUUGGUACUAGCUAUUGCCAUGGUACGUUUUUACAUGGAAAAAGGAACACACAAAGGUUUAUAUAAAAGUAUUCAGAAGACACUUAAAUUUUUCCAGACAUUUGCCUUGCUUGAGAUAGUCCACUGUUUAAUUGGAAUUGUACCUACUUCUGUGCUUGUGGCUGGGGUCCAAGUGAGUUCAAGAAUCUUCAUGGUGUGGCUCGUUACUCACAGUAUAAAACCAAUCCAGAAUGAGGAGAGUGUGGUGCUUUUUCUGGUCGCAUGGACGGUGACAGAGAUCACUCGCUACUCCUUCUACACAUUCAGUCUUCUCGACCACUUGCCAUACUUCAUUAAAUGGGCCAGAUAUAAUUUUUUUAUCAUCUUAUAUCCUGUUGGAGUUGCUGGUGAACUUCUUACAAUAUACGCUGCCUUACCAUAUGUGAAGAAAACAGGAAUGUUCUCCAUAAGACUUCCCAAUAAAUACAAUGUCUCUUUUGACUACUAUUAUUUUCUUCUUAUAACCAUGGCCUCAUAUAUACCAUUGUUUCCACAACUCUACUUUCAUAUGUUACGUCAGAGAAGAAAGGUGCUUCAUGGAGAGGUGAUUGUCGAAAAGGAUGAUUAAAUGAUCCCCACAACAAGGUGCUUUUUCCAGAAUAACCAGGAUUACUUGACUCCAAGUUUUAAUAACAAGAAUAAACAACUUGAUAAAUA